UUUUCUUCAAAAAGAUGGCAUAAUGGUGGCGACAGAUAAAUGCCAGUUAUAUUCGUUACCUUGGGUUACAACUUCCGAUUCCCAUGAUUCCUUUCUCUUUAAUUUUCUUGGGUCGGCUCUGCUCUGCUCUGGCAUCGCACCAUCAUUGAUGUCUUUUGUAAUGUCGCUCUCUUAUUAUUUAUUUAUCAUUUCAUCUUCAUUCUUAGUGAAAUAAUAGAAAAAAUAAAUAUUCAUAGAAAAUCAGAUCCAAUCAAAACCAAUUUUAUAAAAUCCUCCACUAAUAAAGUGGCUUCGCUAUUCUAACUCUACAAGGUGCAGCAACCCCACCAACCUUCUGUUUUUGUUUUUAGAAGGGCGGCAAAUAUCAUGCGUGCAACUAACCAAAAACACCGACCCUCCGCCGCCGAUUCCGCCACCAAAUACUCCAUAUCUGCUUCAACGGAAACUUCUACGCCAAUCCCCGAUUGGAUUGCUGAGUCAAUCAACGGUGGGUCGUUGCGAAACGUCGAUGUUGAUAAUGGAAUCAACGGUUGGGCAUCACCCCCCGGGGAUCUAUUCUCUCUCCGAUCCGUUAACUACCUGACUAAAAAACAAAAAUCCUCCGCUGGCGACUACCUUCUCUCUCCCGUCGGUAUGGACUGGCUCAAGUCCACUUCCAAGCUCGACAACGUACUAGCUCGCUCCGAUAACCGUGUUUAUCAGGCGUUAAAGAAAGCUAAAUCCCAAGGCAAAUCAACGAAAAGCUUCAUUGUCGCCGUUAAUCUCCAGAUCCCUGGUAAAGAUCAUUACAGCGCUGUUUUCUAUUUUGCUACUGAGGAUCCCAUCUCUCCCGGUUCGUUACUUUACCAGUUCAUCAAUGGCGACGAUGCCUUCAGGAACCAACGGUUCAAGAUCGUCAACCGGAUCGUCAAAGGACCUUGGAUCGUCAAAAAAGCGGUGGGCAACUACGCGGCGUGCUUGUUAGGUAAAGCUUUGACGUGUAAUUACCAUAGAGGUGCGAGUUACCUGGAAAUCGACGUGGAUAUUGCGAGCUCGACGAUUGCUAACGCGAUUUUGCACCUCGCGUUGGGGUACGCGACGAGCGUAACAAUCGAUAUGGGAUUUUUGGUAGAAGCGCAGACCGAGGAUGAGUUGCCGGAAAAGUUGAUCGGGGCGGUUAGGGUUUGUCAGAUAGAAAUUUCAUCAGCGACUGUUGUUGACGCACUUACGCCACCGAUUCCAACAGCGGUGGCGCGAGGAAUGGGGUGUUCAAAAGUUAAUCACCAUAAAUUGAGUGAUGAUGAUGAUGAUGAUGCUGAUGAUAAAUGAUUUGAGUUUGACUAUGGUUAAUCUUAGAACUUGAUUUUUUUUCCCUCCAUUUACAUUUAAUCUGCUUUUUUUUUUUCAUCAUGUGAACCUGGAGCCGUUUUUCAAGAGCCUUAAUGGGUGUAUAUAGUAAAAAAAGGAUAAUAUCAAAAAAUUUCGCCGAUUUGCAUUUCA